AUGUCGAAUUCUGAAAUCCCUUCAGAGGCCGCCACGCCUACGGGUAUCCUCGAAAAGCAGCCAGAUGCAGCCCUGAUUUCUCAGACCGAUGCGCCGCCAAGCGCAGCUGCCCACAGCGAUGUUACUAGCAUGGAUGUGUCGCCCGCACCCGAAGCUGCGCUCCCUCGCGAGAUGCCGCAGUCCCAACCGAUGACCGCCACCGCGUCCUCCUCCUCCCAAAACCCUCCUCAAGAGAACGGCAUCGCUGCCAACGCUGCCUCAUAUGGCACUCGUUCGAGAAACCGUACGGGGACGCGACCCAAUUACGCCGAGGACAAGGAUCUCGAUCUCGACAUAGAGACGUCGCCCAAACUCAGUCGCUCCGGUAAAAGAUCUUCCGCAGUGGCUGCCGAACACAACACCACCGCUGCAGGCUUUGCUGCGGUCAACAGCUACACCACCGAUCGAUCCUCGGACAAUGCCCCUACUGGAGGCACGUCAACUCCUGUCUCUGCUGCAGCACCUGCACCCUCCAAGAAAAGGAAACAUCCCGGCAGUAAUCAUGCUGUUUCCACGAACCACUCUCUGUCGACCAAUUCGAGGUCUCGCCAUACCCCUGCCAUGCCGCUGAAAGGCUUCGUGGAGACGAACAUGAUGAGUUUCUCCAAGUGCGGACGUAGACUCAACUCGAAGCAGCAGCUGGUUGCAGACGAUGGAACAACCGUGCAGGCAAAUGACCAUGUCUAUAUGGUGUGCGAACCCCCGGGCGAACCUUACUACCUUGCCCGUAUCAUGGAAUUCCUGCAUGCGAAGAAUGAUCCCGAGGCUCCCGUCGACGCCAUCAGAGUCAACUGGUACUACAGACCGAAAGACAUCCUGCGCCGUGUGCAGGACACCCGAGUAGUGUUUGCCUCGAUGCAUUCAGAUACAUGCCCGCUCAACUCUAUCCGUGGAAAGUGUAACAUACACCAUCUGUCCGAGAUAUCGAACAUGGAUGAAUAUCGCAGCCAGCAAGAUUCCUUCUGGUUUGACAAGCUCUUUGAUCGGUACAUGCACCGUUACUACGAGGUGAUACCCACCCAACGAGUUGUCAAUGUUCCACAGCACGUCAAGACCGUUCUCGACCAGCGCUGGAAAUUUGUUUUGGUAGAAAUCGGCAGAGGUCGUGAAUUGACCAGCGAAAGCAAAAAGUGUACGAGAUGUGAACAGUUUGCCAGCAACCACGACUCCGUCGACUGUGCCGUCUGCAAGAGAACCUACCACAUGCAAUGCGUCAGACCCCCGCUACUGAAGAAACCUGCGAGAGGCUUUGCUUGGGCCUGUGCUGCUUGUAGCAGAGCGCAAGAGCUGAAAAUGGAUUCCCGCAAUACAUCGGCAGGUUCUGAAGCUGCUCACGGUGACGACGACGAUUUCAUGGACGAGGAGGACGACGAGCCUGUAUCGAAGAUCCAGGAGACCCGCGAAAGCAGUACUGUCCCCGAGGCACAUCCUGCACCCACAGCGGCUCAGAUCGCACAGGCAAACCUGUGGCCAUGGAGAUAUCUCGGAGUGCAUUCGCGAGUAGAGGAUGCGCUUGACUACGACGACCGAAUCUAUCCUCGUGCUAGCUCCCGGCUUGGGCCUCGCCAUCAAGCAAAUGUCAGUGUAUGGCAUGGCCGACCCGUGGAGUUUGUGAAACCCGGUGAAGCCAAGAAGAAAUACAAAAACGCCGAUGGGAAGAGAGACAAGAAAAUGAAAGAUGGAGGCAAUGACGCGGAUAAGGACCAGCGCCCCAAACGCCCCAAGUGGGUGGUUGACGAGCCCAUGGGCUACAUUCCUCGUGGGCACGAUGAACCCGUGGAAAUCAAGGGCAAGAAAGAAAACACUGCGCAGUUGAUUUUCAAGCUGCCAGAACGGCCCGAGGCGUCAGAGCGAGGAGGUGAUGACAUUGACAGACCGGAGAAUGCGGAGGAGAUUGUCGACGAAUACAUGAAAAAGGUCAAGCCCAUUGCGGCGCAGUACAACUUGUUGGAUUCUUCCGUUGACUUCUUGACCAAGGCUGUCGAGAAGCUAUACGAAAACAAGUUCGACGUGGACAAGGCCCUAGACGCCAUGAAGGGGCUUUCAUUGAGAUCCGACUUGAAACAGCCAGACCUGAAUCGUGAAGAGAUCAAGCGUUUCGAAGAGGGUGUCGCCAAAUACGGCAGCGAACUUCAUGCCGUAUAUCGCCACGUCGGGGGGAAUGUGAAAGAAUCGCGGAUCGUCAGGUUUUACUAUAUGUGGAAGAAAACCGAAAGGGGUCAACAAAUUUGGGGUAACUACGAAGGCCGGCGUUCCAAGAAAGAAUCGAAGCGGGCUGAUAAAGACGGAAACGUCAAGCUUCUGGAUGAUGUUGCGGAUGAUCGAGACGAUUCUGCUUUCGAUGAAGAGAAGGCUGUUCAGAAGAAGCGUGGAUUUGUCUGCAAGUUUUGUGGGACAAACCAUUCACGGCAAUGGCGCCGCGCCCCGGGCACACCUCCAGGCACCCUCGUUCCCAAGGAUUCCUCCGCAAAGAAUAGCAAGGACAAAAGUGGCUGGCUUACGCUGGCACUUUGUGGUAGGUGCGCGUACCUUUGGCGAAAGUAUGCAGUUCAGUAUGAGGACAUCGAGGAGAUAUCGAAGAAAAUCGCAGCCUCUGGCAGCCGAGCUGCUAAACGGAGAGUCGACGAAGAGCUGCUGCGUCUCAUUCUCGAAGCGCAUCAAAUGUCGGGCGAUCCUAUACCUCCACGUGCGGUCGACGAAGUCAACAAAGCCGGUAUGGAGGUCCCUCAGAACAUCAUACAGCCGGAGGAACCACCUAAGAAGAAAGGUAAGACCGAACGGGAUGGACUCAAUGCGACGCCUGAUGCUGUUCCGGAGAAGAAGAAGGUACCCGAGAAGCCACAAGAGCCACCGCCAAUCGAACCCGACCCACCUAAGGUUAAGAUCCACCCUUGCGCUAUAUGCCGAGUCAUUGAUGUACCGGGUCAAGAACUGCUCAAAUGUCGUGACUGCAGAUUGCAUGUGCAUGGGUCCUGUUAUGGUGUCGGCGUCAAAACCAAUACCAAACCGUGGUUUUGCGACAUGUGUAGAAACGACCAUAACCUGCAGGUCUCGACUACGUACGAGUGUGUCCUCUGUCCGGUAAAAUUCACACAUCAGGAGUUGAUGGAACCACUCAGGCCUUCACAUAAGAAGAAAACAGACCGCGACCGUGAGAAGGAGAGGAUUGAGCGCGAGAUCAUUCAAGAGGCUAGCCGUCGUUGGCGAACGGAGCAGGAAGCUGCUGGGCGCCCUGUCAAUCCCCGAGAAGCGCUGAAGAGAACCGCAUGGAACAAUUGGAUGCACAUUACCUGUGCGCUCUGGACAAAGGAGAUCAAGUUUGGCAAUGCGGAAUUGCUUGAUGAUGCCGAGGGCGUCGGAUUCAUCCCGAAAGACCGAUUCGAAACCAUUUGUAAGAUCUGCAAGCAAGGAGGCUAUCCGACGGUCAAAUGCCACCAGUCGAACUGCACUGCAUUCUUCCACGUCGGAUGUGCUCACCAAGCAGACUAUAUUUUUGGCUUUGACGUGGCCCCUGUCAAGAGCACUCGCCGUGACUCAGUCAAUGUGAUGAAGCUUCAAAAUGAAGUCGGCAUUGUCACCGCUGGAAUCUGGUGCCCAAAUCACCAGCCGUCGACAUUUGUACACCCGAUGCUUGAACCAACAGAAGGCGAUUUGACUGCGAUGCAACUUUUCGCACGGACUUAUAAGCAGGUUGACACUUCCGUUACUGGGACAGUUCGGAGAGCCGCUCAAUUCACCACAAACGUGCCCUCCACAGCACCUGCUGUGCAGCCUAUCUCAAGACGCGAAUCUACAGUCAACGGGCUUGCCAAUGGCACUCAUGGGCACGUCGAGGACGUGAGCUUGCGCUCGUCGCCGAUCGUGGAUUCUCCAAAAGACAAUGGGACUGUCAGCGUAAUCGAUGACAAAACGAAGAAGACAGACAGAGGUCGAAAGAUAUGCUGCACCUGUGUCGUGGAUGUCAGUCCUCGAUGGUGGCCACUCAAGCCACGAGAUUUAUCUGGGCCUAGUAUCAACGGAGUGCCCGCAGCACAACUCUCGGAUGCUCCUAGUGCAAAUGGAGCGCAGGACGUUAUCAUGACGAAUGGAAUUGUCAAGGCCGAGCCAACUGACACAAACGGGGUGGUUCACGUUGGAGACAACCGGGAUCGAUUCAUGUGGCAAUGUCACAAGUGUCACACUCUGAAGCGGACACCGCCUUCUUCCCCCUCGCAAAUCAAGCCUCGAGAAAAGCGCGCUCCAGAGCCGGUCCCAGAGCCAUUUGCCUAUCAAUCAUCCUAUGCUGGGCCAUCUCCAGCGAGUUAUCCAGGGAAUCGGCCACAAUUGGAAGCAGGAUUGCCACCUCCACACUCUCAUCCAACGCACCCACACCGUCAGCCCAAUGCGCCAUUUCACAAACAAUUGACCUGGCAAACUCCUACAGGAUGGUCCCCAGGCAAUGUUCCUAGCGCCCGUCGGCCAUCACCGCCACCCCUCACAACAUAUCCUCCCAGUUACCGGCCACCAUACGAUAGCCCUGGGUAUGGCAGACCUGCGCACCAUGCCUAUUCAACUGUGCCGCCGCCACUCCCCCCGCCCCCUACUGCCGGGCACUUGGUCCAACAUUCUCCACCACCUGUAUCAUAUGGCGGUCCUCCUCCUCCCUCUUCCCAUCCUCACCAAGCUCCGGGCGGGCCAAACCCGCCACAAGGUGGCAGACCACCUUCCCCGAGAUUCGAACGUCCGCCAGCUCCUUCACCACACCUCGGACUACAGUCGAGUAUCUUGUCUCGAUCGUUUGCACCUGAGCCACCACGACAACCAAGCUUGGGAUCUCCUGCAAAUGGCUAUUCAGCACCCCCGAUGAGUACAUCUAGGCUCUACAAUCCGGUCCCACCGCCACCACCACCACCACCGCCGCAAUCAUCACACUCACCAGCAGGAGUCACUAGACAGUCACCAUCGAUACAAUCCUUGCCACCAAUUUCUCAGCCUACUGCUGAGCAGCCAGGAAGAUCUCAUUCAAGAACCACCAGUAUCGAAGUGUCUGGCACACCGAGAUUUGGUCCUCGACCAGUGCCCGAAAGCCCACGCCAGCGUCCGAUUACUCCGGCAACUGCACCCGGACUUAAAGACGACAAACGAGAUGGACCCGGCGCGAGUGCCAGUCCGAGUCUCAAGAACCUGUUGAGCUAG